AUGCUGCGUCGCACAGAUUUCUGCGGCCAGCGGAAGGUCGAGAAACUGCUGGUGGCAAAUCGAGGUGAGAUCGCUUGCCGCGUUUUCCGCACAUGUCGUGAGAUGCACAUCCGCACUGUAGCGCUGUUCUGCGAGGCAGAGCGGAACGCGAAGCACGUCGUAGAGGCGGACGAGGCGGUCUGUAUUGGUCCCCCACCUGCGGCGAGCUCGUAUCUGCGCGGUGACCAUAUCAUUAGCGUGGCGAAGCAGCUGAACGUUGACGCAAUUCACCCCGGGUAUGGAUUUCUUUCCGAGAAUGCGGACUUCGCUGACGCUGUCACGCGCUCCGGCAUCGAGUUCAUCGGUCCACCCGCGUCUGCUAUCUCGUUGAUGGGGUCGAAGAGUGAGAGCAAGCGCAUCAUGGAGGCCGCCGGCGUGCCUGUUGUGCCGGGCUACUACGGUGAGAAUCAGAAUGUCUCCUUCCUCGCGGAGGAGGCAAACAAGGUGGGGUUUCCCAUUCUCAUCAAGGCGGUCUCGGGUGGCGGCGGCAAGGGCAUGAAGAUUGUGGAGCGGCUCGAAGACUUUGCGUUUAUGCUGGCGAGCGCGAAGCGUGAAGCGGUCAACUUUUUCAAGGACGACCGCGUCAUUUUAGAGCGCUACGUGAAGCGCCCGCGACACAUAGAGUGUCAGAUUUUUUUCGAUAAGCACGGUAGAGGGGUUUUCUUCUUCGAGCGGGAUUGCAGCGUGCAGCGCCGGUACCAGAAGGUCCUCGAGGAGGCCCCGGCACCCCACCUGUCAAUGGAGAUGCGACAGCGCAUUGGCGAGGUAGCGUUGCAGGCUGCGAAGGCGGUUGGCUACGUGGGCGCGGGCACGGUGGAGUUCAUCUUCGACACGAGCACUGGCGAUUUUUACUUCAUGGAGAUGAACACGCGGCUACAGGUGGAGCACCCCGUGACGGAGGAGGUGUGCCGUAUCAAAGGUGCACCUCUGGACUUGGUCAAGCUGCAGAUAAAGACAGCCAUGGGCAAGCCGCUCACAUUUUCGCAGGAGGACGUAGCGCUGGUCGGCUCCUGUAUCGAGGCGCGCGUGUACGCGGAGUCGCCGGAGCGGGGGUUUCUGCCCGAGAGCGGUCCUUUAACGUUCAUCCGGGAGCCGUUCCAGGGGGUGCGCGGGGCGACGCGCACCCGACUGGACACUGGGUUUUGCGAGGGCGACAACGUACUCAUCCACUACGAUCCCAUGCUGGCCAAGGUCAUUUCCUGGGGCCGCGAUCGUGAAGAUGCGUUAAAAGGGCUGCGGCAGGCGCUGGGCGAGUACAAGGUGGCGGGCAUCAACACGAACAUCGAGUUCCUUAAGCGGUGCUGCGAGGCACCGGAGUUUGCGCGCGGUGGCGUGACCACCAACUUCAUCAGUGAACACGAAAAGGAGCUGCUCAACGCUCCAGCGGUAACGCCGGAGGUGGCCGCCAUGGCCGCCACCGCUUGGCUGCUGAACCGCUGCGAUAAUUGGCGCGGCGCGUUCCGCCUCAACGGCGACACCAAUGCCACCGUUCACUUCUACAUUGACAACCGCCCGGUACCGGUGCGCCUGCACACGGAGGGUGCAAACUAUCACAAGAUCUUCUUCAGUGUGUGGGAUCAUGAGGGAUCGUUUGCGGUGGGCUCUGGCCCUGUGACCUCGAAGCACCGUGAUCAGAGGAGCAUCGUGAACGAUUUUACCUUCCUCUUCGAGAAUGGCAUGCGCCACACGGUGUUGGCCGUCGCAACGGAAGGCGAUGUGACAAUCAUUGGCAGCUUUGGGCUGCACCAGAUUCGCCUACUGCCACUGACAGACGGCUUUGGAGAUGCAUCAAUGGCAGGUGGUACCUCCGCGAAGAUUGUGAGCCCGAUGCCCGGCAAGGUGUCCAAGUUUCUCGUGAAUAGCGGCGACCUCGUUGGGAAGGGCCAGGUUCUCCUGAUCGUGGAGGCGAUGAAGAUGGAGCACCCCGUCAAGGCGCUGCAGGACGGCCAGGUGUCUUUUCUUGUGAAAGAGGGGGAGGUGGUCGGCAGCGACCACGUGCUUGCUACCGUCGCGCAAAAGGAGUGA